GCCUUCUAACCCCAUUCUUCUAGAGAUAACACAUACUCAGUUAACACUCAGUCUCUGCCUUCAAAGAGCUGACACUUUAGUUGAGAAAUCAGACCUUAACACACCUUCUGUGCUGUAACAACAUAGACCAAUAUGUUCACAAUAUAUAACAUUAGGUUUUAACCUCUCUGUGAUCAGCCGGGUUUUGAUGGGAAAAAACAGGUGGCUGGAAUAUAUAGUGACUCUCCGUUUUAACAUUUUAGAGGUCACACUCACCAGGCAUUUUCAAUAGCACCCUUUUAAAAGUUUGCAGCGAAUAGCUGAACUUACAUUUCACUAUUAUGUUAAAAUACUUUUCCUCAACUUUCCAAAUUACUUAGGAGAUAAAAGAGUAGAGGAAUACUGGGGUUUUGCAAAGUCCUGCAGGAAAAUUCUAAAAGUCAUUAUCAUCUUUAAUACCUAACUUAGAAAUUCCUUCAACAAGUGGUGACUAUUUUCCUCAAUUCGUUCAUAUCUCCCCUCCCCACCCCAUAAAACAAUGUUCACAAAUUGAAAAGCAGACAAGUGAAAAAAAAAUCAGUCUAAUUCCACCAGAGGUAAAUUUCACUGUUCCUUUCAGUUUUUGUCUAAGCAUAUGUGAUUGUAUGUAUUGCUUUGCAAUCCGCUUUCUUUUUGCAAAUGUAUUUCUUGUGGGUAUUUUCCCAUGUAUUUUCUUAGGUCACUUUUAACCUCUUCAUUCUUUUCCUUCUCUCUAGGGCACCAGGGGCCAGGGAAGCCCAGUCGCAGAGCGCUGCGGGCUCUGCUGGUGAUAGAAACAAUGUGGUGAAGUUAUAAGGGGAGGGGAGGGGGGGGGGGUGGGAAAAAUUCCUUAGCUUAGGAAAAAAAAAAAAAAAAGCAAUGAAGAAAGCUCCACUUAAAGACCUAUGAAAUUUCCGACACUAGAAUCUUUGUAUAUAGUUUUCGGUAACCUUCGGCAGGGGGCGCUAGGAAAUUGUCGCCACUUUCCGGACAGCCUCCCGGACUUUACCCUCUAGAAAAUUGUACAGUGUUUCCGGCCCUUCUUAGUUGUGGACGCUCAUCACUGGCGUUAUCCUUCUUGCAGUUGGCAUUUGGGGCAAGGUGAGCCUGGAGAAUUACUUUUCUCUUUUAAAUGAGAAGGCCACCAACGUCCCCUUCGUGCUCAUUGGUACUGGUACCGUCAUUAUUCUUUUGGGCACGUUUGGUUGUUUUGCUACCUGCCGAGUUUCUGCAUGGAUGCUAAAAUUGUAUGCAAUGUUUCUGACUCUCAUUUUUUUGGUCGAACUGGUCGCUGCCAUCGUAGGAUUUGUUUUCAGACAUGAGAUUAAGAACAGCUUUAAGAAUAAUUAUGAGAAGGCUUUGAAGCAGUAUAACUCUACAGGAGAUUACAGAAGCAAUGCAGUAGAUAAGAUCCAAAAUACGUUGCAUUGUUGUGGUGUCACCGAUUAUAGAGAUUGGACAGAUACUAAUUAUUACUCAGAAAAAGGAUUUCCCAAGAGUUGCUGUAAACUUGAAGAUUGUACUCCACAGAGAGAUGCAGAUAAAGUAAACAAUGAAGGUUGUUUUAUAAAGGUGAUGACCAUUAUAGAGUCAGAAAUGGGAGUUGUUGCAGGAAUUUCGUUUGGAGUUGCUUGCUUUCAGCUGAUUGGAAUCUUUCUCGCCUACUGCCUCUCUCGUGCCAUAACAAAUAACCAGUAUGAGAUAGUGUAACCCAGUUGAUCUGCGGGGCUAUUCCUCUCUACCUUUAACGACAUUUAGAGUUCCCCCUGUGAAUUGGAAAAUUGCCUGGCUGGAGAACUGACAACACUACUUACUGAUAGACCGAAAAAGUACACCAGUAGACUGAUUCAAUCAAGAUGUAUGUAGAACAAGAAACUACACCAAUAGGCUGAUUCAAUCAAGAUGUGUGUCCGCUGUGUUAUAAAUCCACCUUCUGUCCCGUUCAUGUUAGAUCAUUGAAACCCUGUAUCCUUCUGAAACACUGGAAGAGCUAGUAAAUUGUGAAUGAAUACUGUGUUACUCUUGACUGUUAUUCUUCUUAGUUGGGGCGCCUUUGGAAGGCACUGUGAAUUUGCUAUUUUGAUGUAGUGUUACAAGAUGGAAAAUUGAUUCCUCUGACUUUGCUAUUGAUGUAGUGUGAUAGAAAAUUGACCUCUCUGAACUGGCUCCUUCCCAGUCAAGGUUAUCUGGUUUGAUUGUAUAAUUUGCACCAAGAAGUUAAAAUGUUUUAUCACUUGCUGUUCUGCUGACAGGCAGAGUUGCAUUGUGUAAUUUAAUUUCAGUCAGUCAUUAGAUGGCAUCCCUCAUUAGGGUUGCCAGAUGGUGAUAACAGUCUCAGGCCUUGGGUCUAAGGCAUCCAAGACUGGAAGGGACUAUUGAUGUUCUGUGAUACAUCAGGUUUCAGCACACAAUUUACAUUUCUUCACCUCCCAACUGGGACAUGUAUUAUGAUGUUCAUAUUUUCCCUCUUGUUUGAAAGUUUCUAAUUAUUCAAUGGUGUCGGAAUUACUGUAUUUUCCUUAGGAAUUUAGUGGAACUUAUCUUCAUUAAAUUUAGCUGGUACCUGGUUUAUAUGACUUAAUUGUCAAUAUUAUGGUCAACUUUAAGUCUUGGUUUUGGUUUGUGCCUUUGAUUAACAAGUAUAACUCGUAUACAAUAAAUACUGUUUUCCUCUAAAAA